AUGUUAGCAAGAAAAACUUUAUUUUCAUUUACAUUGUUAUUACUACUAUGCCUACCUCUUAGAUUAAAUGCGCUAUAUUAUGUUUCAUUAGGUGAUUCGUUUGCAGCAGGUGUUGAUAUUUCUGGACCUUACCCUGGGAACAAAAUAACGCCAAGUUAUUCUUAUGCAAACGCUUUAUAUAAACUGUUAAAGAAACAUACAAAUCUUAAAUCAAAAAAAGUUGCGCACCAUACAAAUAUUAAAUUAAAAAAAUUUGCGCGAAGUGGAGAAACUAGUGACGGGCUCAUUGCUAAUCAAUUAACUAAUGCUACAAAUUUUAUGAAAUCUAAUCCUGGAUUGACAAAAGUUGUUACAAUUACUAUUGGAAAAAAUGAUUUUAACCACUGCUUUCCUCCUUAUAAAACAUCUAAUAUUACCAAAUGUCUUGGUCAUGCGCUUAACCAUUUAGUGAAAAACUUAAAUGAAAAGAUAAUUCCCUGCCUAAAAGAAGCAGGAGGUGAAGGUGUACAAUAUGCGGCUACCACAUAUUAUAAUUAUUUUUCUUAUUUUAAAAUGCUAGAUGAUAAAUUAGUUAGUCUUUACGUCAACAAUGGGUUUGAAGUAAUAGAUAUUAAACAUAUUAUUACGGACGAUAUGAUAUGUGAUUACACUCACUGGUGCAAUUACAAAGAUUGGCAUCCAAAUUUAAAUGGUGGCCGUGCAAUUGCAAGUGUAUUGUUCCAUAAAUUGUCGUUAAAUGCGCUACUAUAA